AUGCCUCACGGCUUAGGAGGUGACGGUCAGUUGCCUGAAGGUUGCGUCACGGAUGGGCCAUUCAAAGACGGUAUCUUCUAUAUACCAGAAACGAUAGGCUACGGAUGUUUGAAAAGAAAUUUCAAUCGCUCAUGCUUUCUUCCAAGCAAAGACCAAAUCGAAAAAGCUAUAAACAAUUCCAAUUUUACUGUGUUUGAAAAGUUCAUUCGCGAUAAGAUUCAUCCUUCUUUUCAUGAUUGUGUAGGCGGUCACAUGUUGAAGCACCACUCAGCUUCGUUCACCCCCGAGUUCUGGAUCCAUCAUAGCUUCGUCGAUAAACUCUGGACAGCUUGGCAGACCAAAAAUUAUAAGCAAAAGUUUGAAUAUUUUACUAGCAUUUCCUUCGAGAUGCCACUAACAGAGCGAUGCCCAUGGGAACUGCUUGACAACGAUGGCUUGCCUGGUGACGUCAGAGUUGGCUAUGAAUAG